CCCGCCCGCAGUGUGUGUUAGGUCGUUACAGUGUCCACUACUCCUGUGAAUAUGAAUACGAGGUGUUUGUUAGUGCUAGCGGCCGCUCUCGGCGUGGCGGUUGCCCAGGAGUCCUUCAAAUGUCCCGAUGACUUCGGCUUCUACCCACACCACAUCUCCUGCGACAAAUACUGGAAGUGCGACAACGGUGUCGCGGAGCUCAAGACGUGCGGAAACGGUCUCGCCUUCGACGCCUCAGACAGCAAAUACCUGACAGAGAACUGCGACUACCUACACAACGUUGAGUGCGGUGACAGAACACAACUCGAGCCACCAAUCUCAACUCCCCACUGCGACAGGCUGUACGGUAUCUUUGCCGACCCCGCCAAGUGCGACGUGUUCUGGAACUGCUGGGGUGGUGAGGCAUCCCGCUACCAGUGCAGCCCCGGACUCGCCUACGACAGGGAAGCCCGCGUCUGCAUGUGGGCCGACCAGGUCCCAGAGUGCAGAAAUGAAGAGGUCGCCAACGGUUUCUCUUGCCCCGCCCCCGGUGAGGUGUCCAACGCUGGAUCCUUCAGCCGUCACGCCCAUCCCGAGGACUGCCGCAAAUACUACAUCUGCAUGGAGGGAGUCGCCCGCGAGUACGGAUGCCCACUCGCCACCGUCUUCAAAAUCGGUGAUGCCGACGGCACCGGCAACUGCGAGGACCCCGAAGACGUUCCCGGAUGCGAAGACUACUAUGGUGACGUGGACUUAAAAGCGCUCAAGAAAAUGGGAUUCUGAAUGUCAAGGAGCGACUCUAAGGACAGAUUAAAAUUAAAUCCUUACGUCUUAUUAAAAAAAUAAGCCUCUUCAGAAUAUUUGCAGAAUAUGAGCCAAAAUCAGAACUAGCAGUCACAGAAUAAUCCACCAAUUAAAAUAUGCUCUCUUCUUCAGUUGAUUUUCCAUCCAUUUUUUUUUGGUUUAGUCAACUUAAAUGAUGAUCAAUGCCUAAUUUAAAUAUAUUAACAUCAUCAUAGAAACACAAAAAUCAAUCAGUCAUUUUACAAAGUGUCUCUCAGAGUACUUUACAUUGGUCUGUCUGAAGAGGCGCUCAUAUGAGGACUGAAAGUCUCUUAACCAAAAUCAUUAAUCUUUGACACUGCACCGCAUGACGCCAUAUUGGUCUACAAGUACGAUCGAAGACAAAUCCGGUCUACCACUUUUCGACUCUCUUCGGUUUAAAAGUGGUACAUCAGAUCUGUCGGCAUCUGUAUGGCGUCGGUGCCCUGUCGAAAACAAAUAUUUAGUCAUAAUCUAGAGAUAAGCGUAGGUUAUUUUUAUAUAAAUGUAAAUAAACAUUUUUAAUAUAAA